AGAACAAGAGAGGAGAGUCACGACUAAGUGUUGGAUUUUGAUAUUGACCUCACUGCUGCAGUGUGUUUGAUGGUUGUUUGAUGGCAGUUGAUGGAUUAGUUGAUGAUUAUUUCUGGUUGUUGAUGGUGUAUGCUUGAACGUUGCAUUUGUGACAGUGGAAGUUGGUUACUUUAUACAGUCAGUGUUGUGUGAUUGAUGUGUGUAUGAUGGUGAUUAGGUGUGUGUGUGUUGAUACGCGAGUUGUGUGUUGUAUGUGAGGUGUGUGUGUUUGAUGGUGCUGGGUAACUGGGCUGUUGGGGCUAUGUAUCGGCGGUCGCCCUGUCACAGAAGCAGGGCCCACUUUGACUUUAGCGAGGACGUCAUCAAGGGACUCCAUGCCUCCAGCCACACUCACAGCUUUGAUGUGGAGAAUGGCCCUUCAGCCAGCUGUAGUCCGUUGGACCCCUCGGCCUCUCCCGGGUCAGGCCUGGUUCUACACACCAAUUUCCCCGGACACAACCAACGCAGAGAGUCCUUCCUGUACCGCUCAGACAGCGACUACGACCUCUCGCCCAAGUCCAUGUCCCGCAACUCAUCCAUUGCAUCUGAACUACACGGUGAUGACUUGAUAGUAACGCCAUUUGCUCAGGUCCUCGCAAGCCUUCGAAGUGUAAGAAACAACUUCACAGUCCUGACCAAUGUCCAAUGUGCUUCCAACAAGAGGUCCCCUGUGGCCACUCAGCCUCCCAUCACCAGAGUCUGUUUGCCAGAUGAGUCGUACCAGAAGCUGGCCAUGGAGACCAUGGAGGAGCUGGACUGGUGCCUGGACCAGCUGGAGACCAUCCAGACCUACCGCUCUGUCAGUGACAUGGCCUCCAACAAGUUCAAGAGAAUGUUGAAUCGGGAGCUGACACACCUAUCAGAGAUGAGUCGCUCCGGCAACCAGGUGUCCGAGUUCAUCUCCAACACCUUCCUAGACAAACAGAACGACAUGGACAUGCCGUCGGUGACGCCCAAGGAGAAGGCCGGCCGGGAGAAGAAGAAGAAGCAGCAGCUGAUGAUGACUCAGAUCAGUGGAGUGAAGAAGGUCUCUCACGGACCCUCCCUCUCCAGCUCCUCCAUCUCACGUUUCGGGGUCAAGACGGACAAGGAGGACAUGCUCUCCAAGGAACUGGAGGAUCUGAAUAAGUGGGGGUUGAACAUCUUUACCGUGUCCGAGUACUCCGAACAUAGACCGCUCACUUGUAUCAUGUACGCCAUCUUCCAGGAGAGAGACCUGCUGAAGACAUUUAAGAUCCCGACGGAGACGUUUGUGGCGUACAUGAUGACCCUGGAGGACCACUACCAUGGAGACGUGGCCUACCACAACAGCCUCCACGCGGCAGACGUGGCCCAGUCCACACACAUCCUGCUCUCCACCCCUGCCCUCGACGCGGUCUUCAGCGAUCUGGAGAUCUUGGCGGCCAUCUUUGCUGCAGCCAUCCAUGAUGUCGACCACCCGGGGGUGUCCAACCAGUUCCUAAUCAAUACCAACUCUGAGCUGGCCCUGAUGUACAACGAUGAGUCUGUCUUAGAGAACCACCACCUGGCCGUGGGCUUCAAGCUGCUCCAGGAGGACAACUGUGACAUCUUCCAGAACCUGACCAAGAAGCAGAGGCAGAGUCUGAGGAAGAUGGUCAUCGACAUGGUCCUGGCCACUGACAUGUCCAAGCACAUGAGUCUGUUAGCUGACCUGAAGACCAUGGUGGAGACCAAGAAGGUGACCAGCUCUGGGGUCCUGCUGCUGGACAACUACACAGACAGAAUACAGGUUCUGAGGAACAUGGUCCACUGUGCCGAUCUGAGUAACCCUACCAAGUCUCUGGAGCUCUACCGUCAGUGGACCGACCGCAUCAUGGAUGAGUUCUUUCACCAGGGAGACAGAGAGAGGGAGAGAGGCAUGGAGAUCAGCCCUAUGUGUGACAAACACACCGCCUCAGUAGAGAAAAGCCAGGUGGGCUUCAUAGAUUACAUUGUCCACCCUCUGUGGGAGACUUGGGCUGACCUGGUUCACCCUGACGCCCAGGACAUCCUGGACACUCUGGAGGACAACAGGAACUGGUACCAGAGCAUGAUCCCCCAGAGCCCCUCUCCUCCUUGGGCCACAGAGCAGGGGGAUCAGGAGGGAGGCGAAGGGGGUCAGGGGGGAGACAAGUUCCAGUUUGAACUCACCCUGGAGGAAGAGGACUCUGAGGGUACAGAGAAAGAUGAACAGAGCCAGGGGGAUGAGGAGGAGGAAGAGGAUAGUCUGGGGGAGGCGUCUCGGUCUCCGGUAGACUACUCGGACUGUCAGGACCCCGAGGAAUCCAUGGAGCCCACGUCGUCCAUAGAGAUCAUUACCCACGAUGCAUCACCCACAGACACAUAAUGGGCUCUGCUGCACCGCGAAGGUGGUUGGUUUCAUGUUUUAAACAGGAGAAAUCCUGCAGCUGUGCAUUUUAACAAGCCCACGAUGGGCUUAGUUUGAGCCCGGAUGGGGUGUCAGUUUAACCCCACCCUAUCCUUGCACUUGCGUUAGGAGCCGGCGACAGAGGGACAGUUUCAGUGGGGCGGCUACAAAGUUCUCAGGAAAAAUGCUGCAAACAUUUUGGACCUGACGGAACGGACAGGCCUCGAGGAAAUGAAGGACUUGGGCCAAUCUGGGAAACGGUUGUUUUUCCAUCCAGACUGGCAUCUGAAAUGUUGACACUACUACUGAGAGAAGUUUUGUACCUUGUGACUUUUUUACGAAAAUGGGAUGUCAAGAGGUAGCAUUUAAACUACUGACUGAUGGACGUGUGUUUGUAUAGAGAGAGAAAACUGUUUACUUUUUUCCUGUACCAUUUGUCAAAAUACUUUUCUGUGCCUUUUUUACUAUUGUCUUUUUAAUCCUUUUUUUAAUUUAUUGAACACACUUUAGUAUGUACGUGAUUGUUUUUCUUUUUUCUAAAGAGUUAUCCGAAAGCUCAAGAGCAAAAUUCUUUUUAUAUCUCAGACAAAGAGAACAGUCUUCCUUACUAGUAUUGGGCAAUAGAAGAAAUCAAACUAACUUAGACAAACAAUUCUUGGACAAACUCAUCAAAUACUUAAAACAAGACAUCUCAUAAUAAGAUACCAUUUCAAUCCGAGCACAACAUAUAUGCUUCUCUAUGGAAAUCAUGAUUCAUGUUACAUGUUACAUUGUUGCUAGAUUGUUGCUUCAUGUGUCUGACCUCACUGUAGAUGAACGGUAGGCAGAUAGAUCACUAUAACUCAAAAAAAAACAAUUAGACCCAUUUCUCCCCAUCUAACCUGCUUCCCCUCAUUCUCCUUGAAUGACCCCCCCCCCCCCACUACCCUCAUGGCUCAAAUCCUGAUAAUACUCAGACUUCAAGUUAGAAGGAUAUUUCUAGCUCCAUCUCAAGGUAUCCUGCUCUUGUGUAUUAAUCCUAUUCGACCAAAUGAUUCCAGAACCCAACUGGUUCUGAUGCUGUAACAAAUCAACAAAAGACCCCCCCCUCCCCCCCGGCACUGUAGAUUUAGGACCCGACCAGAUGAUGAAAGGUGGCUAGGCGGCUGCCUGUGUAGAAGCCCAGUCACACCUUGGUUAGCUGUGUUAUUAUUCACAUGUUUGUUUUUUUACAAACCCCUGGCUCUGUGAAUCUGACCCCUAAAACAAUCAGGUCAGCUAUUUCUUCCUCCACCAAAAAAGGGAAUAACGGAAGGAGGUGCUGCGUCUGCCCAUUGACGUCAAUCGAAACCAUUCUUUUUUUUCUCUUCCCUUCCCGCUAACUGUAUCACAUUUCCUGGCCGGCCCGGGGAGUUUAUCGGGAUUUGAUCCGUUAGAUGUAAUCUUUAGAAUAGAUUUGGCACUUAACAAACUGUAGAGUGUCUGCUGCAAAAACAAAAGCAGCGGAGAAAAAAUGCUUAUUUUGAGAACAAGAGGAUGAUAACCCCACAGAAGGGUAUCUAGAGAUUACGUGACAGAGAUAGCAAACCAAAAAGCCCCCGGACAGUGUAAUUCACUGUAUCUUUGGGUCAGCAUUAAAACCAUCCACGCCUGAAAAUCUGCUAGGUAGAUCUUCCCUUAUAGGUCUCCAUGACUAGUUUUCAGAUAUCACCAAUCCUCCAUUGUUCCCUUAGGUUUACUGACAUACUCAAAGGUACUUCAACUGCCUUAUUGACUAUACCCUCACUCCAGCAGACUUACAUGGCAAUCGUGUGUGUCAAUGAGUGUGUGUGUGUGUGUGUGUACGAGUGUCAGAAAGUGUGUUUGUGAGAGUGUGUGCGUCUGUCUAGCCUUUGCCAUCUGGCCUGACCUGACUCCACACUCCUAUUCCUGUUUGUCACUAGAGCUCAAGUUGGUCCUUUGCUGUUUAUAACAGUGUAUUUAUUACUUUCAGCUGUACAUAAGAAUACUGUUUCAGUCAGUGUAAAUCUAUUUAAAUUUAUAUGCACUUGCAUUACCUGGAAGUGGUGGUGUCUUAACGUGUUCAAGGCUCUGCGUCGGAGUCUUUUUAUAUCCUGUAUUAUAAUAUUGUUUCCUUUUCUAUAUUAUAUCCUAAGUAAAUAUAUUCACACAAAUGUUUGAGUGCUCUGAGCAACAGCUAAAGAGACAUAUACACAACCUGUAGGUUGACAACGCAUAGGGGAUAUGUUAAACGACAGAGACCUGGGAAGAGCUAAAAUUACAAGCCAGCUGUGGAGAACACAAGCUUUCAUACUGUAGUCUAUCACUUGGCUCGGUAUCAAUAUCAGACUCUCUGAGCAGCUUGUAGUAGGCUAGUAACCAGAUUCCUCUGUAUACAACAUUUUGAUUGCAGAUUGCUGAUUUGGGGUUCAGAUCUACUGGUUCAACGACAGCAUACAGAAAUAACAGAAAGACAGACAAACACAGAACCAAGUGUCUUCUUCUUGACACCUCACACUUACUUAUAUGUAAAGUAGUUCAAGGGGAUUAUUGGUGGCAUGCUACAAUAUCUCUGAGCACCAGUGUGAUGAAUCGUUACAAAAAUGUGAUCUUCUUGUAAUUGAGCGUGCUAAUGUGAACUAGUUUUAUCUGACCAAAACUUGUUAGCAGUUUUGAAAUUCAAAUUUGUCAUCAGUAUAACAUUGUUAAUCUAUGUUCAAGCUUUUGGUCUGAGUCGUUUCCAAGUGACUAGCCAGACUUAGCACUAUCUGCAUGAGAGGUGGGUUUUUUAUAUGUCUGUUGAAUACCUACCUACUGCGUUACAGUCGCAGGCGGACAUAUUACAUGUUUCACACAAUGUAUGGUAUAAUAUUGUAUAUUGUGUUCAAGUAUCUGAAAAUCUGAAAUACUUUUUCUAAUUAAAAAACAAAGCAUGACAUA